AUGCAGACUUCUUUACCUUUGCUGGCGGCCGUGGCCUUCGUUCUUUGCCAGGCAUCUGUAGACGUCCAAGUCAUGUCCCCAAAAUUGCAAUCCCGAUCUCUCGCUUUCGACCUGAUCGACACUCCAUUGAGAUUGACAAACGUUACUCAAUGGAUCCCCCCAUCUCCAGCAACUACGCGUGACCUCGACAUUGCACCGCGUGGUCCCACUGGCGUUUCAACUUAUUUGGAGCACGAAAAGCGUCUUAACAAUGGCGUCAUGGCGGGCGUUUGGGGUGGUAUUGCUGCAGGCUUCGCAAAUAGUUUGGUGGGCUCAUGUUCUAUCGGUGGAGUUCUCACUUUUGGGGGUGCUUGUGCUAUCAAUCUAGCUUUCUUCUUCUUCUCUUUUGCAGCUGCAAACUAUUUUGCCUGGAAAGCUACGAAACGGUCUCUUGAUGAAGUUGUGUGGACUUUGGACCCUCAGUACAUCCCAACUAUCAACGGCAGCUUGAGAAGCACAUUGGCAGCCAACGCUCCCCAAGAUAAGUUUACCGCUAUUGGAAACAUCACAACACCGGGCAAUUUCUACCACUUGCAUUAUUUCCGCAGCAGUAACAGCAAUAUUCGCGGGUUGAAAUUUACGCGAAACGUUACACUUUCGCACGCGCUCUCCAAGAACAAACGACAAGAACAAGGAGACUGGGAGGAUGACGAGGGAAGUGAUGGAGAAACCGAUUACUCCGCGUAUAUCUACUGGGGCGACCCAGAUGAGUCUGAGUUCGAAUACGAAGAAGCGAAUUAUGACCAGACUGGUGUCGAAGAGGGCAUGGCGGAAUCAUACGCCGACUAUGUCGUGGAUAAUGAACUUACUAUUGUUUGCGCCGAUACUUACGUUGGUGGCUACUCCGACAACGAAAUGGUCAGCCUCUGGUAUUGGAGCCCGACUCCUGGUGAUGAGUACGAAAUUGAGCCGGAUGAGGUGCAGACACUCAUGAAUCUAUGCAAUACGCUUGGAAAUGGAUAA